GAGGAGAUCAUGCACGUCCGACCCGAGAACAAGGUCCGGGUCCACUGUUUCGCUUCCGCGCAUCGUUGAACGUCAUGUCAUGUUGUGCACCUUCGGCCUCUACCGACGUGAUUGAUCGUGCAUGUACUAAACUACUGUACUACUGUAUACGUGACCGACCAUCUCAGUCAGCUUGUUGUAGGAUAAAUACACUUUCUGGAACAUUGAUAUACAGGAGCAAGGUAGCCUUGUCAAUCGAUCAUCGAUAUAGCCCGGCUGCUUGGACGCUCAUAUCGGGAUGGACCAUCCGCUUGCGUCCUCCGCAGCUGGCUCCGGGGACUCUGCAAGGGAUGGCGUCGAACACGAUGGAGAGCGGAUUGCGACGCCUACGGAUGGCGAUGUGAUGGGCUCUGGACCAUGGGCACAACGUCAUAUGGCCGAUCGACCCCCCUACGGCUUUCAGGCGAGUUCCGAGGUGGCGCCAGAACAAGACUAUCAGACGCGAUUGAGCCGUUUGCUAGAUGACGAUGAUGAUAUCGGUCAGGAGCGUGAAGCAGGUCACGAAUGGGCGAACUAUGACCGCGAGUUGUCGGAUAGACCUGUGCCUCUCAAUGUUGAGGAUGUUGGGUACUUUGAUGAGUCGGGAAUACAUGAUCCGUCCUCGUGGGCUCGAGACGAUUAUCAUAGCAUCCCCGUCACACCGCGGCAAGAAUCUUUACCUCGAGCUCCUGCCACCCUAGGGAGACCAGCCGAGACUUGGAAUAGAAAGGACCUUGACGUGGAAUCCCCCGCACGGUCGGCAUAUCGUCGGCCUUCCUAUCUACACCCUAGCAUCUCUCGACUGCGGGCUCACGAUAGAAAGGUCUCGACAUCCACCACGGGUACCAACGCGAAUCCGUUUGGCCUAUCGCCGUCCAAGCUCGGUCACGAUCGGGCACCAUCUACAGCGAGUCGCCGUUCAGCUAUCAGCAGGAAAUCGUCAUUGAUGGGUCCGCUCGUUUCGAAUGACAAUUUCGAAAGAGCUGUCGAUACGGAAGGAGAUAGCGAGAGGCCGCCAUCGAUGUACGAGGGCAAUAGCGUCACUAGCGGUAUACCGAUACAGGCGGAAGAGUAUCGCAAUCGGACAGCUUUCACCUUCCAGACCAUGAGGACCGCUACCGAUGUUCUGUGGCCUUCUACAAAAGAUGGGCAUAAGAUGCCACCCGUCACUCAACCGGGCAUCUUCGAGGCUUCUGGCACACCGCCCAAAAAGAAACGGUUCAGCCUCGCUAGCGCUGUAAGCGGUAGGAAUGUGGAAGAACCAGUCGUCCCGCAAGUUGGGGAGCAAGACAAGGGCAAACCUGUCGUUCUCGAUGUCAAGGGCGUGAUUGCCGUCGGCACAGAUACAGGCUGGGUCAUCGUCUUCGACUUCGAACAGCAAGUAAAGUGCAUUUGCGGGAUGGCAUCCAUUGCACAAGAAUCCGGGCCCGUCACUGCCCUGACGGUGAGCCCAGAUGGCACGUUCGUGGCAGUAGGACACUUGAAAGGUAAUGUCUACCUAUACGAUCUCGCAAAUCCUGGUCGACCAGCGAGAUCGGCGUUAGCCCUGCCUUUAGCUGCUCUCAUGUCUGGCCGUAAGGAGGGACAUCUUAUUGGCACAAAGAUUGUCGAUAUCGAUUUCGUAGGCAAGCGACACACUGCGAUCGUCACCUCGGAUGAGACCGGACGUGCUUUCUGGUGGAGUUUGGGCAAAGUGAUGGGAGUUGAGAGCAACGAUGUGGUUCGCCUUCUAGGAGGCUUGCCAGAUGCACCGGCCGAGAAGGUGUCGGCUUCCGGUAGCGGUGCAUCCACACCGGACAUUAACCCGAACGGCACAUUUGGCGGGACCGCGAAGCCCAGAAGUAAAGGAUCGACGAUCUAUGCAGGAAAGGUCUUACCCGUCGGCAAGGUUGAGCAUCAGUCGGAUACGUAUCACUUGACUGCUUUUCUGACACCAUCAAAGCUGGUCAUCGUGGGUCUCAAACCGACCCCUCGAAUAUGGUUCAAGCGGUCAAGAGGUCUCGAGGGAGGGGAAAGGGCGAGACAUGUCGGCUGCACUGCAUGGCUUCCUGCAGGCUUCAGUUCACAGCGUGAAGAGGCAGCUUACAGUGACGGAUCUGAGAACGUCGCAGAAUCGCCGGAUUCCGACCCUAUCAUUGCUUUCUCUUGGGGCAACAGCCUCCGUCUAGUGCGGGUGCGAAGUACCACGAACUCCGAUCGCGAAGCGCGCACUCUGGCUUUUGACGACGUGCUCCACUGGAGAGAAGAUCAGCCCAUCCUCGCUCUGGAUUGGCUGAAUCCUGAGCAUUUGUUGAUCGCGACCUCGAUUCAUCUCUCUCUGCUGGACGUCCGGAAUGGACAGCGAGUCGAGCACAGCCAGUAUUCGAUGUUGAGUCGUCUCAGCUGGAACCCGGACUCACGUCGCGAGCGUGGCGUUUCUGGUCGUUUGCGUACACACAGAGGCAAAAUCUUUAUGCUUGCUGAGACAGAUCUCCGAGCUGGAUCUGUCUUGCUGUGGGCGGAUCGUAUACUCGCUCUUUGCCAUGCUGGUGAUUUCCUGUCAGCAAUACAUCUUGCGGUGGCUUAUUACAGUGGAACCGCCGGCGGGAAUACCAUCGGAUUAUCAGCUGAUAUAUCAGCCAGGAAAUCGGUCUUGAAAGCGAGAGCUCUCUCUCUUAUGCGAUCUUCGCUGGCGUACGCUUUCUCUCAGGACCGGCUCACCGACGGAACGUAUGACAGUCCAGAUGGGCGAGGUGUGGAUCUCACGCCUUUAUUCGAGGACCUCGCAGAUACUUGCUUGAACAGCUGCUUACUGCUCGACGAGACUUCCUUCGCCUACGAAGAGGUCUACGAGGCGUAUCUGCAGGCUGGUAUACAAGGUAUCUAUCUGGCGAAGCUCGAGAAGACGUUGCUCGAAACACGUCUGCGCGACAUCCCGCCUAAUCUCAUACAAGGCCUGAUUCAGAGGCACAACGAUGCGGGCGAAUACAAAAAGGCUGAAGAUGUCAUAUGGCACGUGGAACCCAUGUCGCUGGACAUCAAUCAGGCGAUAACUCUAUGCGAAAGGAACAAUUUGUGGGACGCGUAUGCCUACGUCUUCAACCAAUGCAUGAUGGACUACCUUACGCCUAUCGCGAAAUUUAUCAGCCUCAUGAGGCCGUCGAAUGCACAGAGGGACCUCGUCAGCGCAGAGCACCUGCCUCAAGCGUAUACAUUAUUUCGAUAUCUGGAGACUACAUUGAUCGGCUGUGAAUUUCCCGAUGGACGGCGAUUACCGGAAGGUCAGGCAAACCGAGCCCGUGAAGCGAUCUAUACUUGCUUGCUGUCGCGAGGGAAUAUAUUCCUGAAACAAAGCCAAGUCAUGGUCGAUUUGGAAGCUGGGGACUUCCCAGUCUUGCGUACAAUACUGCACUAUGAUACCGAAGCGCUCCUCCACGUCCUUGACAUCGGAUUCGAAGAUGGCUACCUGAAUGAUUCCGAUGCCUUCACAACCCCAAGCCGGCAAGAAAUCGUCGAUGCUCUAAUCAAGGUCAUGACACCGGUUGAAUAUCCAGUCGGGGAUAUCACUUUCAUGCACAUCUUCUUGGCACGCAAUUUGCCUAAGUAUCCACAGUUCAUCCGGCUUCCUUCUGACAUCACCCGACAAAUCCUUAUCAGCCUGGCGCGCGAUCCGGACAUUGCUACCCGCGAAGACCGUCAAUUGGCUGCAGAGCAUCUUCUUUCUGUAUAUCUGCCGCCUCAGGUCGACGAACGGAGGAUUGAAUUCCAGCAUGCCCAAUUCUAUCGCAUCCUCAGGGCAGACUAUGCUAAAACCAGAGAAUGGCACGAGGUGAUCCGAUGCAUAGUUGAAGAUCCAGAUCUCGAGAAGGAGGAAGUUUUCGAGGCUCUGCGAGAAGCUCUGACGAGGUCGAAAUCCACAUCUGUGGCAAUCGGAUUACCAGGUCGUCUGCCGCAAAUGCUAGCGAUCAGUGUGCCCUUGACGGCGCGUCUCCUAGACGACUUCGCGCCGACACUACAUCGCGAGGCGUCGGCCUCUCUCCAGUCAUCACCGGUCAAGCAAUGUGCUUACCUUGGAGCAUUACUUCAGCCCGAGAUGCUUGAUAUGGAUGAGGAAGGGUCACAACUACGACCCCGUGCCUCUGUCUCGACCCGUCUUGCUCAGUCGGACAUCCAAGAUUAUGUACGUUUGCUUUGCCAGUUGGAGCCUCGACAGCUCUUACCCUGGAUGCAGACCUAUCGAUCCCUGCUCGAUAUGAAGAUGACAACCGCGACUUGCGAAGACCAGGAGGCAAAAUCGGCGGUUGUGUGGGCGAUGGAUACCGCUGGCGAUGCAGCUGGAGCGAUCCGCAAGCUCAACGAGUACCUCACUGAGGAGGCGGCUCCUUUCUGCGCAGACCAAGAAGACGUUGCAUUGCUUGGUACGGAUCACCGCUUGAAGAGCAUACGUGAGCUCGUGAGCGCCGGCAUCCAGGUGUGCACACGCGCGGAGAGAGUCAACCAGGAAAGAUCAUCAACAGAAACGCUAUGGUUUGACCUUUUGGCUAGACUCGUUCGUGUCGCUCAAUCCGCCUUGCGGUCCUCGGGAGAGGAGUCAAGUGCGGUAAGACCGGAGAUGAUCGAACGGGAACAUCAGGGACUGCUAUUAGUUGGAACAUUACGGCAAUGCAUCCAAGACACCCUAGCCGCCCUGAUCUCCAGUUCGACGUCUUCGACGAUCUCGUUCCCCCGACUGUUUAGGCGCUUGGUUCAAGCCUCAGGAACCGAAGACGAUGCGGAGUCGGCCUCUGUCUACUCAGAAUUCCGCCUCAUCUUGGUCAGCAUGCUGAGCACUUAUCACGGCGAGGAAGACAUGCUCGUUCUGGCUACUAAACUGGUUCAGGGAGAGGUCUUCGGCUGGAUGAGAGAGUUGACCGCCAGUCGCACAGCAGGAUGGCGUGUUGAUAGCACAAACUGCACCCUCUGCAGUGUGCGAUUCCGCUUGACGGAGCGCGACGAUGAGAAAGCAGAAGACGAGGCAGCCUCGAUUUGCAUUCCACGGACGGGAUUGCCUUAUCAUUGGGCAUGUGCCAGGUAACCGAUAUGUCCGCCAGCCAGUCCGACCGCCAACGAGGCUGACAGGAUGUCGUGAAGAGAGAGGAAUAUAUGAUCGAGGGGAGAAGAGCUCAGGACUGGUGGCGAAAGAGAAACCAAUCUUCCUGAUAAAUGACACCGCGCGACGCCUUCUAAGUGCGUUCAUACCAUGAUCCCGUGGUCCGAAUUGGCGUUCUCUACUUGUUGAGAUCCUUAGACGCAGAACUCAAUCUCUAUCAUCGACGGUAUAUUCGCAUGCUCGGGCAGAAA